GGUUGUCUCUCCCUCCUGCUGGUUUGACGCAGCUCGGAGAAGUCACCGCACCGCCCCUGCCGCUCCAGCUGUUCGCACCGCUGUCCGCCUGCUGUUCCCCCGCUGCUCGCCGCCUGCUCGCCGCCGCUGCUGCUGCUGCUGCUGCCUGCCCUCAUUUCCAAUGCAGCAGCGACCAUGACAGGCAUCGCCGCUGCUUCUUUCUUUUCCAACGCGUGCAGGUUCGGGGGCUGCGGACUUCACUUCGACUCUCUGGCCGAGCUAAUCGUGCACAUUGAGGACAACCACAUCGAUACAGACCCCCGACUUCUGGAGAAGCAGGAGCAGCAGCAGCCGACAUAUGUUGCCCUCAGCUACAUCAACAGGUUCAUGACAGAUGCUGCACGGCGAGAACAUGAUGCCCUGAAGAAGAAGGUGCAGCCCAAGCUGUCUCUUUCUCUGACAGGCAAUCUGUCUCGCAGCAGUGUUUCCACACCCCCUCGCCAUACCAGUGGAAACCUCACCCCUCCAGUCACCCCACCCAUCACCCCUUCCUCUUCCUUCCGCAGCAGUACGCCUACAGGUAGUGAGUGUGAUGAAGAGGAGGUAGACUUUGAGGAGUCUGACAGUGAUGAGUCAUGGACCACAGAGAGCGCCAUCAGCUCUGAGUCCAUCCUCAGUUCCAUGUGCAUGAACGGAGGAGAUGAGAAGCCUUUUGCCUGCCCUGUCCCAGGCUGUAAAAAGAGAUACAAGAAUGUGAAUGGGAUCAAGUAUCAUGCCAAGAACGGCCAUCGAACCCAGAUAAGGGUGCGCAAACCCUUCAAGUGCCGGUGUGGGAAGAGCUACAAAACAUCUCAGGGUCUCCGCCACCACACCAUUAACUUCCACCCACCCAUCUCUACUGACAUCAUCCGUAAGAUGCAGCAGUAGAGACUGAGUGAGUGACCAGCACUAUCCUUCAGGCCACCUCCCAAUCAUCUGAACACCAUCAUCACCAGCAAUGGCUGUUUCUCUCUCCACCUCAAGCCCCUCCCCCUUCUCUUUCACUCUCUCUUAUCCCACUUUGCUAUGACACUAUUUUUGAUUGCAUGGUAUAAAUGUAUUAUUAUUCAUCUUUAAUUUUUAUUCAGAAUAUUGAAUCUUUAUGUAGUUCACAGUUUUGUAUUUUGCACAUUUAAGCUAUCAUUUAUCCAGCUGAGUUUAUUUCUUUGAUAAUAUGGUGCUUGUUGAUGAUGAGGGCUUGUAGCCUACAGAGCGGCCACACCAAGUCACGAGUAGCCUUGCAUGUACAGUAGGCCAUCCUGCUUUAAAGGCAGUGUGCAGUCAGUAGAAACUAAGGAAAGAUUUCGAUGUGUUUGUUGAGAAACGGGGGCACCAUUUCCUUUUCUCUGUCUCACAUGAGCCAAAAAAAUGUGACAGAGGCAAAUGACAACAAUCAGAAUGUGUGGUAUAUAACAUGAGAAAUCCAACCUGAAAACUUUUGUACAUGUUUCAUUCUCUAUCAGGUUUGAUGUUAAUAAUCAGCUGUUGGAUUUUGUUACUUUCCUUUCAUAUCACAAGUAUUACACACCCUUUUUUUCAUCUGCAAACACUUGUGUGAGCACCAAAGGAUGAUCUCAGGUGACGUUUGAAAGCAUUUCAGCACCACAAUCCUGCCCAAGUGUUCUGAUCGUAUUUAUGGUGUUCAAUGGGGAUCAUGGGAACUCUUUGUUCCCAGUGUUCCUAAUCACUUUCCUAAAAGACAUAAGCAGUUGUCCUUGCUAUUUAAAGGUGAGGGAUUGAAGCACUUUUUGUAACAAGUUGCCAACAAAUUAGCAUUUUUUUUUUUUUUGCCAAUAUCUCGUUUCUGGUAUAUGUUCAGUAGCUACCGAAACGAGGCAAAAGGCCUUCAGAGCAGAUGUGCAAGUUCUACAUUGCUCCAAGGGAAGAUGUACACCAAACCUCCAGUGUUUCCAGUAUUGAGAUUUCUGUAUGUACAGUAGUUGCCUUGAAUUGUGAACCAUUCCAAUCAGUACAAAUCUUUUAUAUGGCUUCAUUUUGACAGUUCAGACAAUUUAAGCUGAAUGCACACAGCUCAGUCCAGACUGUUUGCUGUUCACCGACUCUAAUGAAACCACGUUGAUUGUCCGUGUCAUGGAUGGGAGAAAAAAAAGAGCGCCAGCAUUAGUUAUGUAUUUUAGCACAUUUACAUUCUCACAGUCCUGCUGUUCGGCUGUGAGAGAAACACACGUGGCUCCUACUUUGUGCCAUAAUAAUAAUGUCAGUCAUCCCUUAAAUAAUGAACUGCAGAUCAUAAGAUGCCACAGGAUUUAUCAACAAUGAGCCAUUAGGUAACAUCUCCACUGCAUGGAUGUUAGUGUAAAGGAACUAUUGUGACAGUAUUGUACUGCCAGUAUGGAGGAAAGUCUUUGAUAUAGUGUACAGUGAAUGUAUUGUCAUGUGUUAAGUGCAUUAAAUUAUAUUUUCAUAUGUUUCUGGAGUUAGAAAAAAACCCAAUGGUAUAAUGUGUAUGAAAAGGCAAAACCAGAGGUCGCUUGGAGAAACUAAUGGUGAUGUACUGUAUUUCUUCAAAAAGCUGCUUCAUGUAAACUUUUGUUACGUUUAGAAUAAAAGUUCCUCUAAUGUGUGCCUAAAAA